UUCAACCAAACACUUCUUCCCUAAAAAUAAAAAAGGGGAAUCAACCAAAGUACCAAACACAUCCAAGUUUUAUCAACAUUAAACUCAAAUCAAACACUCACCUCUUUUUCCCCAUCUCUCUUGUUGCCGCCGCUCAAAACCCUUGACGACAACAGCAGCAGCAGCAACAAUGGCGAGUUACGACCUCACCCCGAAAAUCGCGCCCCACUUAGACCGUCAUCUCGUCUUCCCUCUUCUCGAAUUUCUCCAAGAACGUGAAAUGUACCCAGAAGAUCAGCUUCUCAGGAAUAAGAUCGAGCUUCUCAAUCAAACUAACAUGGUUGAUUACGCCAUGGAUAUCCAUAAGAGCCUCUACCACACCGAUGAUGUUCCUCAAGAGAUGAUGGAUAGGAGAGUUGAGGUUGUUGCGAGAUUGAAGUCGUUGGAAGAAGGUGCGGCUCCUUUGGUUUCGUUUCUUCAGAAUGAGGAUAAAGUUCAGGAAUUGCGUGCUGAUAAACAGUAUAAUCUUCAGAUGCUCAAUGAGCGUUAUCAGAUUGGUCCAGAGCAGAUUGAGGCAUUGUAUCAGUAUGCUAAAUUCCAAUUUGAAUGUGGUAACUAUUCUGGCGCAGCUGAUUUUCUCUAUCAGUACAGAGCUCUGUGCACCAACAGUGAAAGAAGUCUGAGUGCAUUGUGGGGAAAGCUCGCUGCUGAAAUUUUAAUGCAAAACUGGGACAUUGCCCUUGAGGAACUUAACCGUUUGAAAGAGAUAAUUGAUUCUAAGGCUUUCACAUCACCUUUGAAUCAAGUGCAAAAUAGAAUAUGGCUGAUGCACUGGAGCUUAUUUAUCUUUUUUAACCAUGACAAUGGCAGGACCCAGAUAAUUGACCUGUUCAAUCAGGACAAGUAUCUUAAUGCUAUCCAAACAAAUGCUCCUCAUCUUCUGCGUUAUCUUGCUACUGCAUUCAUUGUCAACAAGAGGAGAAGGCCUCAGUUUAAAGAUUUUGUUAAGGUCAUUCAGCCGGAGCAAUGUUCUUACAAAGACCCCAUCACCGAGUUUUUGGCAUGUGUUUAUGUCAACUAUGACUUUGACGGGGCACAACAAAAGUUGAGGGAAUGUGAAGAAGUCAUACUAAAUGAUCCAUUCCUUGGUAAACGAGUUGAGGAGGGAAGUUAUACCACUGUUCCACUAAGGGAUGAGUUUCUUGAAAAUGCCCGUCUUUUCAUCUGUGAAACCUAUUGUAGGAUACAUCAGCGCAUUGAAUUGGGGGUCCUAGCUGAGAAAUUGAAUUUGAGUUAUGAGGAAGCAGAGAGGUGGAUUAUGACCCUCAUACGCACUUCUAAGCUUGAUGCCAAGAUCGACUCUAAGUUGGGCACCAUUGUGAUGGAGCCUAAUUACCCUAAUGUGUAUGAGCAGCUCAUUGAUCACACCAAGGCAUUGUCAGGGCGUACAUACAAAUUAGUUGGCCAACUUCUUGAGCAGGGACAGGCACAACCAGCAAGGUAGUUAAGGACAGGCAAACCAGCAAGGUAGUUUUCAACGGGGGUGCUGCUACGAGUGUUUCUACCGUGUAGUUUUAUUGAGACCCUUGAUUAAUUCAGGCCAAAGAGUUUGUGUAGAUCUCAUAAUUUUUUUUGCAUUUGACUUCCAUCUUAGCGAACCUGCUUAAACUUAGAGAAUCGAAAAUUUUGUGGGAAAGUUUGAUUUUGUUCAGAUAAUCUCUUUUGGUUAUUGUAAAAUGCUUACUGGAAUUUUGCACUUGCAAUUUACGGUAUUUACCGCCUGUUAUUUCACAA